GGAGCAGGGGACAGUGCUCUUUGCAAACGCUGCUCACUGUGAUUUAGGACAUGACACUGUGCUUUCUGUAGCAGGAAAAACAGCAGCAAAUGCACGCUGCUGUCACCAUCCAUGACCCUUGGAGCUGUAGCACAUUCCCUUCUUCUGCUGGCCAGCCCAUGACUGCCCCUCAACACCUGUGCCAUGGGAGCCUGAGCUGCAGCCAUGGCACGGAGCAACUUCUCCCAGGUGACUGAAUUCAUCCUCCUGGGGCUCUCUGACACCAGGGAGCUGCAAGUUGUCUUGUUCACCAUCUUCUUCCUGGCCUACACCAUGGUUCUGCUGGGGAACCUUCUCAUCAUUGUGACAGUCAGGACUGACCCCAAGCUCUCCUCACCCAUGUACUUUCUCCUCUGCAACCUGUCCUUCCUUGAUAUCUGCUGCACCUCUGUCACCGUUCCCAGGAUGCUGGUGGACCUGCUCUCCCGCAGGAAGGCCAUUGUGUUUGAAGGCUGCAUUGCCCAGCUCUUCUUCCUGCACUUUGUUGGCUCCUCGGAGAUGUUCCUCCUGGCCGUGAUGGCCUACGACCGCUACACGGCCAUCUGCAAGCCCCUGCACUACACGGCCAUCAUGAGCCGCUGGGCCUGCUGGCUGCUGGUCUGCUCCUGCUGGGCAGGGGGGUUCCUGCACUCCAUCACCCAGACUUGGCUCACAAUCCAGCUCCCCUUCUGCGGCCCCAACACCAUCGACAGCUACUUCUGUGACGUGCAGCCCGUCAUCCACCUGGCCUGCGCCGACAUCUACCUCACCCAGUGGCUCAUGGCCUCCAACAGCGGCCUCAUCUCCCUGGGCUGCUUCCUGCUGCUGCUCACCUCCUACACGCUCCUCCUGCUCUCCCUCCGGGGACGCCUCACCCAGGGCCACUGCAAG